GGAGAGACGGCAGGGACUGACGGACGUACGGACGUACGCACGCACGCACUCACGCCCGCCUUCUCCUACUCGUACCGGUCCGGCUGCUCCAGCGUAUACCCGCAGCGCUGUCCACCCGACCGAGAUGCUGCGAGUCUGUCAGUUAUCCGGAGUGACCUCCGCCGCCCAGAACUGUCUCUGUGGGAAGUUUAUCCUCCGUCCAUUACGACCAUGCCGUAGAUACUCCACUGCAGGCAGUUCCGGGUUGUCUCCUGGCAAAAUUGCUGGAGCUGGUCUUUUAUUUGUUGGUGGAGGUAUUGGUGGCACUAUCCUGUAUGCCAAAUGGGAUUCCCAUUUCCGGGAAAGUGUAGAGAAAACCAUACCUUACUCAGACAAACUCUUUGAAGUGGUUCUUGGUUCCCCACCUUAUAAUGUUCCAUUGUCAAAGAAGCCGAUUCAGGCUGGUCCACUAAAAAUCUCAAGUGUGUCAGAGGUAAUGAAAGAAUCUAAACAGCCUGCCUCACUGCUCCAAAAACAAAAGGGAGACACUCCAGCAACAACAGCAGGUGAUACACUGUCGGUCCCAGCCGGUGCGGUUCAGCAUGAGGAAUCUAUAAAAAGUGGUCACCCUCAAAUUGGUGAACGAAAACCCAAGCCUGCAACCUCAGAGGAAGCAUCUUCAGCUUCUGUAAGGGAGCGACCACCCGAAGAAGUUGCAGCUCGCCUUGCACAACAGGAAAAGCAAGAACAAGUUAAGCUUGAGUCUCUAGCCAAGAGCUUAGAAGAUGCUCUGAGCCAAACUGCCCGCAUCACUCAGCAGGCCACUGUAGCCCAGAAUGCGGCAGUCCAGGCCAUCAAUGCCCACUCCAACGUACUGAAAGCAGCUAUGGACAAUUCGGAGGUUGCAGGUGAGAAGAAGUCAGCCCAGUGGCGCACAGUGGAAGGUGCACUGAAGGAACGCAGAAAGGCAGUAGAUGAGGCUGCUGACGCCCUUCUCAAAGCCAAAGAAGAGUUAGAGAAGAUGAAAAGUGUAAUUGAAAAUGCAAAGAAAGAAGAGGUUGCUGGGGCCAAAUCUCAUAUAACUGCUGCAGAGGGAAAACUUCACAACAUGAUAGUUGAUCUGGAUAAUGUGGUCCAAAAGGUUCAAGCAGCUCAGUCUGAGGCUAAGGUUGUGUCUCAGUAUCAUGAACUUGUGGUCCAGGCCCGGGAUGACUUUAAGCGAGAGCUGGACAGUAUUACUCCAGAAGUCCUGCCAGGGUGGAAAGGGAUGACUGUUUCUGAUCUAGCUGACAAGCUGUCUACCGAUGAUCUAAACUCCCUGGUUGCUCAUGCGCAUCGUCGCAUUGACCAGCUGAACCGAGAGCUAGCAGAACAGAAGGCCAAAGAGAAACAGCACAUUGCAUUAGCGGUGGAAAAACAAAAGCUGGAAGAAAAGCGGGCCUUUGACUCUGCAGUGGCAAAAGCAUUAGAACAUCACAGGAGUGAGAUACAGGCUGAGCAAGACAAAAAGGUAGAGGAAGUCAGAGACGCCAUGGAGAACGAAAUGAGAACCCAGCUUCGCCGACAGGCUGCUGCCCACACUGAUCACUUGCGAGAUGUCCUCAGGGUACAGGAACAGGAACUGAAACAUGAAUUUGAACAGGAUCUGUCUGAGAAGCUCGCCGAGCAAGAAUUACAGUAUCGUCGGCUCAGUCAAGAGCAAGUUGACAACUUUACUCUGGAUAUAAACACUGCCUAUGCCAGACUGAGAGGAAUCGAGCAGGCUGUUCAGAGUCAUGCAGUUGCUGAAGAGGAGGCCAGAAAGGCCCACCAACUCUGGCUCUCAGUGGAGGCAUUAAAGUACAGCAUGAAGACAGCGUCUGCAGAUCGGCCCACUGUUCCGCUGGGUAGCGCAGUCGAGGCCAUCAGAGCCACCUGUUCUGACAGUGAAUUUGCCCAAGCUUUAACUGCCGCUAUCCCCCCAGAGUCCCUGACCCGUGGGGUAUACAGUGAAGAGACCCUUAGAGUCCGUUUCUAUGCAGUCCAAAAACUGGCCCGAAGGGUAGCGAUGAUUGAUGAAACCAGAAAUAGCUUAUACCAAUACUUCCUCUCCUACUUGCAGUCCCUGCUCCUUUUCCCGCCUCAGCAACUGAAGCCACCAGUGGAGCUCUGCCCUGAGGAUAUGAACACAUUUAAAUUACUGUCAUAUGCCUCCUAUUGCAUUGAGCAUGGUGAUCUGGAGCUGGCAGCAAAGUUUGUGAAUCAGCUGAAAGGAGAGUCCAGGCGAGUGGCGCAGGACUGGCUGAAGGAAGCCCGGAUGACUCUAGAAACUAAACAGAUAGUGGACAUCCUGACAGCAUAUGCUAGCGCUGUAGGAAUAGGAACCACUCAAGUGCAGCAAGAGUAAGGACUAGGAAGAGUUUGUAACAUCCUAGUUCAUGUCAAAGGAAAUCAGCAGUAAUAUGUAAAGGGUUUCAGCAGGGUGUCAGAAUUGUCUAGAAAGGGAGCAGAUUACAAAUUCUGUUCUAAAUGUUAACACCUGUUGCAUUUAUAUUAUUUUCACUUGCUAUCAUGUCAUUGAUCUCCAGGAGUACUUUCUUUGCAACUUGUGUAACAUUUUCCGUUUUUCAGGUUUUACUGAUCAGGCUUGUGAGCCAAUCAAAAUAAUAUUUGUGGUCCCUGUUACUGUUGAUUUUGCCUUUGGAGCAAACUGAAUAAAACAAAAAGAUGAAAA